AACAAACCUAGUAUUUGGAGCCAUGUUCUCAUCAGAUCUUAAUACAUUGUUUGGAGAUAUUAGAGCUUUAACUGCAGGAAUGCAGAUCUACCAUUCUUCUUGUAAAAGAUGUUCUGCACAAGUUUCUGACCUUGCUAGCCAGUUCAUCCCAAUACAUGAUAACACUCCAGCCAUAUUUAUAUAUAUUAAUUGCAACUUGAUAACCAUAGGACACAUUAAGUUUCAAAUAAAUUAUUAAUAUCCAUUGUCUACACCAACACCUUUUUAGGUGUCUAAUGGAGACCAUUGCUGUAGAUAUAAUGAGACACAUCAUACAUUGUGGUGGGACUGAGCCUUUCAACCCCUGUUGGACGAAGCCUCUUGGUACUUUGUACUCCGUGUACAAGGCUGAGAACGCUUGUGUUUCCUUUUUGUUAAAUUUGGUAUUGUGUUACUGAAGUUGGUACUGUGUGAAUAGUGUGUAUCAUAAAACCUGGCAACCUUAACUAUCAGUCUAUUUUUCUUUUAGCAGCUCAUUGUGGGAUGACAAAAGAAAUUAAAUAUUUGCUCAUUUAUGUUUGAUCAAAGCUUACAACAAACAAAUCAAACUGUUUACAUGAAUUUCAAAUAUUCUGUUUAUGGUUUUGGAAAAUAAUACCAUCAUUUAUAUAGUGGGCUUUAGAUUAUUUGAUUCAUAUAUUCUUCCCAAACAAACAGCAUUCUCAGUAAUUUUUUGCAUUCACCUUUAGUUUCAUUUUGAGUCAUACCCUCUUACCUCACAACAAAGAUCUGUGUGUAAGUGUCAACUGUGCAUGCAGUUUGCACAUUGUGAGUUCAAAAGUGUGGAGCUUUUAAAGGGGAGGGACUAUGAUUGAAAUUUUGUUGAAAUAUAACAGAUAUCAUUUGGUUUGGUUUAGAGUAGACAUGUUCUUGAGCAUCUCUAUCUUUCUAUUUUUUGUCCUCCCUUUGUGUGGAGGAAUGGAGAGUGGUAUUAUUGGAGGAAAAGAAGCAAAACCACACUCCCGACCCUACAUAGUGUCUGUUCAGAUUGACAAACACCACAAGUGUGGUGGUCUACUUAUUAGAAAGGAUUAUGUGCUGACUGCAGCUCACUGUUUUGACAACAUAGAAUAUUCUGGAAAGAAGCAGCUGGAAGUGGUCCUGGGAGCUCACAACAUCAGUCGAAAGGAGCACCAGCAGCAAAGAAUCGAGGUGCAGAAAUACAUCAUGCAUCCAUGUUACAGGAAGAAUGAACGUCCAAAUGAUAUCAUGUUACUGAAGCUGAAAUCCAACGCCAAGCUGAACAAAGCUGUAAAGGUUAUUGCUCUUCCAGAGGAGGAUGAAAGCAUUCCAGCCAAUCAGUUAUGUUUAAUAGCAGGCUGGGGCAAGACAGCACAGAACAGCGCAGAAUCAAGUGUCCUAAAAGAAGCAACACUCAAAGUACAGUUCAACUUUGAGUGCAGAAAUAUUUGGAAGGACAGGUUUCUUGCUGACAGCAUGAUCUGCACUGUCUCUGAUGGGAAAAAAGCUUUUUGUCAGGGUGACUCAGGGAGUCCUCUUAUCUGUGGCAAUGAACCAAUAGGGAUAGCUGCAUAUACCUUCGGUGGAAACUGCUUAAACCGCAAGUUUCCAGAGGUAUAUAUGAAGAUUUCUUAUUUCAUUCCUUGGUUUAAACAAGUUAUGGCAAGCACACGUGAACUCACACGACACAACACCCCCACCUGUUGGACACUGCACACCGAAGAAAGAAAGAGCAUGUUGCUCAGUUCAGUGUUCGUGUGGUGGUCUACAGAUAUGCUCUUCACCAUCUCUCUUGUUGUGCUUUCAGUCAUCCAUUCAUGUGGGGGAAUGGAGAGUAGUAUUAUUGGAGGAAAAGUAGCAAUACCACACUCCCGACCCUACAUGGUGUCUGUCCAGAAUGACAAAAAACACAAGUGUGGUGGUCUUCUUAUCAGAAAGAAUUAUGUGCUGACUGCAGCUCACUGUGCUGACAACAUAGAAUAUUCUGGAAAGGGGCAGCUGGAAGUGGUACUGGGAGCUCACAACAUCAGUAAAAAGGAGCACGAACAGCAAAGAAUCAAAGUAAAGAAAUGCAUCAAGCAUCCAUGUUACAGGAAGGAUGAACGUGCAAAUGAUAUCAUGCUCCUGAAGCUGAAAUCCAACGCCAAGCUGAACAAAAAUGUGACGGUUAUUGCUCUUCCAAAGGAAGACAAGGACAUUCCAGCCAAUCGGUUAUGUUCAAUUGCUGGCUGGGGCAAGACAGCACAGAACAGUGCAGCAUCGAAUGUCCUAAAAGAAGUAACUCUCAAAAUAAUGUCCAACUCUGAGUGCAAGGAUGCUUGGCAGAUGUAUUUUGACAGCUAUAACAUGAUCUGCACCAACGUUGAUGGGAAAAAUGCAUUUUGUCAGGGUGAUUCAGGGAGUCCACUUAUCUGUGAUAAUCAGCCACAAGGAAUAGCAGCAUAUACAUUCAGUGGAAACUGCCUAAAUGACAAAUAUCCAGAGGUAUAUAUGAAGAUCUCUUCCUUUUUGCCAUGGAUUAAACAAGUUAUAGGAUAGAAAGUGAACACAAUGGAAGUAACCAUGAUUCAAUAAAAUAUACACUGCAUACA